ACCCUGUCCCAAACAAAACAAAAAUAACUUUUUGAUGUUUAUUGAUUUCCACUUUUUUCAGCUAUAUAUGCAUAGGAUUGGGGAGAUUUAAGUAUAUUGCCUAAGGUGACACAGCAGGAAAGCUAGGAUUUGAACCCUGGCACUCUGGCUCCAGAGCCUGCACUCUAAAUUCUGUAUUUCACUUCUGUCAUAGAGCAGGCAUUAUAUGGAUAUCAGGACACAUUUUGCUGGAAGAGGGGCACAAAAACAGAUAAUAGAGUUUACCACAAUAAGUGAUACCAAGGAGGUGUAGCAAGGAGCACGAAGGAGAAACACCAGUAUGAGCUGUGGUAGAGGCGGUGACAUAUGAGCCUUUCCAUCCUCAAGGAUGCGGUUACUGAUCUGAGAAGGAAGUGAGGCAUCCCAGCCAAAGGAUGCUGCAGCACAAAGUCACGUGGUCACACUGGAGCAGGUGAUCAAUAGAAUCUUUGGGGAGGCUAGGAAGGUGGCUCACAGCGUACAUGAGUUUGUUGUUCACUCGUAAGGCAUGCUGAGAGCUGGUAGAGGAUUUUAGACAAGGAAGCGAUAGGGUAAUUUUUGUGUUUUGAAGAUAACUGCGACAGCAAUAUGGGGAAUGGAUUGAAGAGAGGAAAGAAUGGAACAGAGAUGGCUACUGGGUGGCUGAUAGAGCAGGAGGAUGGACUCAGACAAGUUCUGGAGGAGAUGAAAGCUUUGUAUGAACAAAACCAGUCUGAUGUGAAUGAAGCGAAGUCAGGUGGACGAAGUGAUUUGAUACCAACUAUCAAAUUUCGACACUGUUCUCUGUUAAGAAAUCGACGCUGCACUGUAGCAUACCUGUAUGAUCGCUUGCUUCGGAUCAGAGCACUCAGAUGGGAAUAUGGUAGCAUCUUGCCAAAUGCAUUACGAUUUCACAUGUCUGCUGAAGAAAUGGAGUGGUUUAAUAAUUAUAAAAGAUCUCUUGCUACUUAUAUGAGGUCACUGGGAGGAGACGAAGGUUUGGACAUUACACAGGAUGUGAAACCACCAAAAAGCCUAUAUAUUGAAGUCCGAUGUCUAAAAGACUAUGGAGAAUUUGAAGUUGAUGAUGGCACUUCAGUCCUAUUAAAAAAAAAUAGCCAGCACUUUUUACCUCGUUGGAAGUGUGAGCAGCUGAUCAGACAAGGAGUACUGGAGCACAUCCUGUCGUGACCAUGCACUGAGGCACUCCCACCCAGGCUUCACCCAAUUCAUGGAUGCCUCUGUACUCACUCUCUCCACCCUCCCUUCACCUCCCUCUUUGAUUUUACAAGCUGUAGACACUGUUGAAGGUAACUAAGAAUACUUGGCUAAGAAGUAUAAUUUGCUAUUAAAGACUUUCUUCUUUUUUUAAUGUUGUACACUAUUCUUCCUACUCCUUUUUGGUGUUGGUUUUGUUUUGUUUUGUAGAAACAGUGUCUCACUAUGUUGCCCAAGCUGGUCUCAAACUGCUGGCCUCAAGCAGUCCUCCCACCUUGGCCUCUCAAAGUGUUGAGAUCACAGGUGUGAGCCACUGCACCUGGCCCCUACUCCUUUUUCUAAUAAGCUGUAUCUAUAAUCACAGCAUUCCUACACAGUUUUGUUACAGUGUAUUUUUUAAAUGAAAGUAAACAUGGUUACAUUUGAAUCUCUUAAAUAAUCAGUCACUUGGCUGGAUAGGAAGAAGGUAGAUCCUGUGUGUCUUGUUUUCUGGUCAUGUGUAUUGUACAAGCUAGAGAUGAAUUUCUGAGAUACACAUUUUCAAAUCACAUAAGCAAGUGAAGAUGAUGGUCUGUAGAAAUUUCCGGUAUAUGUAAUGUUUAAUGACAUACUAAUUUAUCACCUGGAUAUUUGGAAAGGAAGGACACACAUGGAUUUUGCACAUUUCCACCAUGGUGGCUGGUGUGGCUUGUGGCUGUGGGAUGGUCACCAGUAUCACCACUUUGGAGAGGGACAGUGAAAUUGGGGCUAGAGAAAGAACUUUGUACAGUUUUCCCUGAGAUUCAGAUUGACUGAAAAGUCACAUGAAGAGUUGAUUGGCUUUCAAUGGUAUUUUUUUUUUUUUUUGAUAUGGAGUCUUGCUCUGUCAUCCAGGCUGGAGUGCAGUGGUGCGAUCUCAGCUCACUGCAAGCUCUGCCUCCUUGGUUCACGCCAUUCUCCUGCCUCAGCCUCCUGAGUAGCUGGGACUACAGGCACCCGCCACCAUGCCCGGCUAAUUUAUUUUGUGUGUUUAGUAGAGACGGGGUUUCACCGUGUUAGCCAGGAUGGUCUUGAUCUCCUGACCUCAUGAUCCGCCUGCCUCGGCCUCCCAAAGUGCUGGGAUUACAGGCUUGAGCCACUGCGCCCGGUCCUAAUGGUAUCUUUUAAACAGCUGACAUUUUAAAUUUUGAUGAAAUCCAGUUUAUUCGUUUGUUCUUUUAUGCUUUGGAUGUUGCAUCCAAGAAAUCUUUUCCCAUCCCAAGGUCACAAUUUUUUUUUCCUUUUUUCUUCUGGAAGUGUUAUAAUUUUAAGCUUUAUACUUUGGUCUAUAACCCGUUUUUUUGUUCUUUUUUUUUUGUUGUUUCUUUGUUUGUUUUGAGACGGAGUCUCGCUCUGUCACCCAGGCUGGGGUGCAGUGGCGUGAUCUCGGCUCACUGCAAUCUCCAUCCCCUGGGUUCAAGUGAUUCUUUUGUCUCAGCCUCCCAAGUAGCUGGGAUUAUAGGUGCAGGCCACCACACCUGGCUAAUUCUCGUAUUUUUAGUAGAGACAGGGUUUUACUGUGUUGGCCAGGCUGGUUUCGAACUCCUAAUCUCAAGUGACCUACCUUGGCCUCCGAAAGUUUUGGGAUUACAAGUGUGAGCCACCGCGCCCAGCCUGUGAUUCAUUUUGAAUGAAUUUUUUAUAUGGUGCAAGGUGUCGAUCCACCUUCACCUUUUCUUGGGCAUAUAGAUACCCAGCUGUUUCACUACCAUUUUUUGAAAGGACUGCCCUUUGCUCUAUCAGCUUUGCAUUUUUGUUAAAAAGUAGUUGUCAGUGUGUAUGUGGGUUUAUUUCAGGACUCUGUUUUGUUCCAUUGACCUGUUUUUCUCUCCUGAAUGCCAAUACCAUAUUUGUAUGUAGUGUAUGUAACUUUUCUAAUAAUUCUUGAAAUAGAUAGUAUUAAUGCAUCUUAUUUUUGCUGUUGUUUGUAUUUUUUGGAGAUGGGGUUUCACCGCGUUGGCCAGGCUGUGUUGAACUCCUGAGCUAAAGCAGUCCACUCGCCUCAUCCUCCCCAUGUGCUGGGGUUACAGGCGUGAGCCUUGGCACUGGCCCAAUGUACCACAUUUUUUUUUGAGAUUUGUUUUGGCUAUGUUAAGUCCUUUGCUUUUGAUGUGAAAUUUGGAAAUAGGCAGGGUGUGGUGGCUUAUGCCUGUAAUCCUAGAACUUUGGGAGGCCUAGGUGGGCGGAUCGCUUGAGCUCAGGAGGUCCAGACCAGUCUGGGCCCAUGGUAAAACUCCGUCUCUACAAAAAAUGUAAAAAAUUAGCUGGGUGUGGUGGUGCAUGCUUGUAGUCCCAGCUACAUGGUGGGCUGAGGUGGGAGGAUCACUUGAGCCCCAGAGGUCAAGGCUGCAGUGAGCUGAGAUCACACCACUCCAGCCUGGGUGACAAAGUGAGACUCUCUCAAAAAGAAAUUAGGAUCAACUUGUCAAUUUCUACAACAAAAACCCCUCUUAGCACCUUGAUUGAGAUUGCAUUGAAUUUAUAUAAAAAUGUUGGGAGAAUUGACAUCUUAGUGAUACUGAGUCUUCUGGCCUGUAAACAAGGUCUGUCUUCCCAUGUAUUAAUGUUUCUGUCUUCUGUUUCUCUUAAUAAUCCUGUAGUUUUCAGUGUACAGGUCUACCAUGUCAGCGUUUCAUAGUUUUGAUGCUAAAUGGUAUUUUAAAAUUUCAAAUUCUAACUGCUUGUUGCUAGUAAAUAGAAGUACAAUUGAUGUUUAACUUGUAUCCUUCAGCCUUGCUAAACUGUGAGUUCUCAUGGUUUUUUUGUAAAUUACAUCAACAGUCAUGUGUUCUAUUAAUAAAGAGUUUUACUUCUUCCUUUCUAA